GUGCUUUCCAAGGGUACCUGGCUGUUUCGUUCGGGCAUAUUUGCUUGCACCUGAAGACUGGUGGCGGACUGUGCUGUGGAUGGUUGCUUUUUGCUGUAGAACUUCUACUUAUUUCUGGGUGCCUUCCAUCUGUCUUUUCCUCGCUGUAUCUCUUUCAACUUUCAUAGUGGCCGUUUGAAAACACGGGAACGAAAUAAGCUUCCCCCUCCGAAUCGUCUGUGGUCCACCUUCCCGCCGGUACCGCAAUUGAUAUGGCGACGAAUUUCGAGUCAUCGGACAACGCGCGCGUGGAGUCUACUGUACACACCACGCAGCUCAAUGACUCGAAUGAAACGACAACCCCAGCAUUCGAGGAGAAACAGCCAGACACACAAGUCAACGAUGGCCUCCCGCAAGGUGCAUCAACGACACUUGAAGGCGGUCUGUACAGGCCUUCAUCUGGCGAAUUCCCCUCGGACGAUUCAGCGCAUAGUGUCCCCGUGACUGUCGGGACGACCGAUGCGGAUGGCAACACCUAUCCUGAAGGUGGACUAGAAGCUUGGUUGGUAGUCUUUGGAAGCUUCAUGGGCCUCGUUGGUUCUCUUGGUCUGGUGAAUACCAUCGGCACACUACAGGCGUACAUUGAGAGCCAUCAAUUGAAGGACUACAGCUCUGGCAGCAUUGGGUGGAUCUUCGGCGUCUACGCAUUCCUGACUUUCUUCUGCGGCAUUCAGAUAGGUCCUAUCUUCGACGCCAAAGGACCCCGAUUUCUUGUCUGCGCCGGAGCUGUGCUGAUCAUGGCGAUGAUGAUCGCCUUGGGGUUCUGCACGCAGUACUGGCACUUCAUGCUAGUAAUAGGUGUUGCAGGGGGUAUCGGAGCCUCGUUGCUGUUUACGCCAGCAAUUUCUGCCAUCGGACACUUCUUCAACGAGAAGCGUGGGAUCGCGACGGGCAUCGCCGCAACGGGUGGCUCCGUCGGUGGCGUUAUCUUCCCCCUGGCACUGGAAGCUCUAUUCCCCAAGAUAGGGUGGGCAUGGGCAACUCGAGUCAUUGCUCUCAUUUGUCUCAUCACGCUGCUAGCCGCAUGCCUACUCAUCAAAUCCCGGUUGCCCAAGAAACCGGCGUCGAAAGAGAACGUUCUUCCCGAUUUCCGUAUCUUUCGGGAUCCUGUAUUCACCCUCACAACCUUGGGGAUCUUCUUUAUCGAAUGGGGACUUUUUGUCCCACUCAGUUAUAUCUCCUCCUACGCAUUGGAUAAUGGCGUCUCGACAAAACUGUCGUACCAAAUGCUCGCAAUCUUGAACGCUGGUUCGUUCUUCGGACGAGGUAUUCCUGGCUUUGUUGCUGAUUAUCUGGGCCGCUUCAAUACUCUCAUCGUCACUGUUGCCUUGUGUCUUGUAUGCAACGCAUGCCUCUGGCUUCCAGCGAGCGACAGUGUCCCGGUCAUGAUUGUGUACUGUGUCAUUUUUGGAUUUGCAAGUGGCAGUAACAUCAGUCUUACGCCAGUCUGUAUCUCUCAGCUCUGCAAGAUCGAGAAUUAUGGCAGAUACUAUGCCACAGCGUACACGAUCGUCAGUUUCGGAACCCUUACUGGCAUGCCUAUCGCUGGUGUGAUUCUUUCCCGGUGCGAUGGGAAGUACUGGGGUCUCAUCACCUUUACGAUCUGCUGCUAUGCUCUUGGCCUUGUUUGCGUUACUGCAGCCAAAUUAGUCCGUGUCGGCUGGCGCCAGGCUCUCGUGAUCUACUAACCUAUGACACGGAUGGGUAUCAAUCUUACUUCCCAGUCUAAUAUUUAAUAUCAUUUUUGGAGGCUUUGAGCCAUAUCACAGAAACAGUAGGUAUAGAUAUAUAUGCAGCUGGCCAUUCGCGGUACCAUGAGGCGAGCCGGACGUCUGUUUGCGGGCUUCGCUUCCGACGAGGUCUGCCCAACAAACCUACGGUGGCUAACCAUCACACGCGUCUGUUGUCACGAUGAGCAAUUAAAGCUCAUUGGAUUGUGAUUUGAGGGGAUGGAAGGCAAUCACACAUUUCGAUUCCCGGAUUACAUAGAGACGAAG